AGGACCGAUGAUAAUUUAAAAUAGAAUAACCUGUUUUCAUGAACGAGGCUUCGAGUAUUCCUGAACUGGGACCCAGUACUUAUGCUAUAAUAUCCACGGAAUCAUCCACACACUCUGAUGAGCUACCGGGGGAGGCCUUGGGCAGUACUGGAUCACCUCCUGAUGGUCUGGACCAUAGUCCAGAAAAUGAAUCUGAUUUGGAUGAAGACGAUAUCAUUGAUUUGGGGGGUGUAUCCAACAGUACCUCCCAACACCCCAGCCUUGCAAGACCACUUUCCCGAAACGAUGCCAAUUCGUUUGUAGGUGGUGAAAUCAUUGACAAUGAGCCUACCAAGAAGAUCUUUUCAUUCCAAUUACCAUUUGGAGGGACUUUCUCCAGUUUGAAGUCCAAUUUGUACAGUCAGGUGCAGCACCGGCUUCCCAACUUCAAUAUCUUUAACAACCUCAACGGUGAUUCUGAAGAAAUCAAAGAGGAUAUCAGGUUAAAGUUGGUGAGACAAGAAUCGCUAAAUACCUUAAACGAAGCAAACUACUUCAAAACCGUCCGAACACGCGACGACGUGCGGUUCCGGGCCGUCAAGCACUCAAUUGCCAAUAAGUAUAACGAAUUCAUUCCUCAUAUAAGCAGCAAUGCCAAGCCCAUGGAAGAAUAUGAGUCGAUAUACCUGAGAAUCAAAGGUAACAUAGUGAUAUUGGGAGGCUACCGAGGAUCCAUCUUGAGAGAUGCCCAGACCCACAAGCGGGUAUGGAUUCCUCUUAAGGCUGGAUUCAACCUACGUAAAAUCAACUUGCUCUUGGGCCCAUCUCUUGAAGAUGAAGUCAAUGCCUCCAAAUAUAUCAUUCCCGAUGGAGUCUUGAAAAAUAUAGGUCCUAUUGAUUUGUGCAAAAGUUUCAUCAAGCGAUUGUCCAACAACCCGAACACCAGGGUCAAGGAAUUUGGCUACGAUUGGAGGUUAAGUGGAGAGUUUGUUUCUCAGCAGUUGGAAGCGUUUUUGCAGAAGAUAUACGAUGACACUGGUGAACCUACACUAGUCAUCUGCCACUCCAUGGGAGGUUUAAUUACCCACAGAACGCUCCACAAAAACCCCAAACUCUUCAGGUCGAUUAUCUACGUUGGAGUUCCUUCCGAGUGUCUCAAUAUCCUAGGCCCCAUCCGAACUGGUGAAUCAGUGUUGUUUCUGGAUAGGAUUUUGACGGCUGAAGCCAACUUUAUGAUGAGAUCUUCAUUCAAUUUCCUCCCCUUAAGCGGGAAGGUGUUCUACAAUAGGGAAACACAUGAGCCGUAUGUGCUAGAUCUUUUCAAUCCUGAUACAUGGGUAGAAUACAACUUGAAUCCGCUUGUUGCAAAGUCAAGAUUGGAGAGGAAACUGGAGAUUUUCACAGGACAGUCGAGUUUGGGAACCGGUUCCACCCUACUUGAGAACUCAUUGACGUCAAUUAGCUCGAGGCUACGCUCAAUUAAAGUGAGGUCGUUAUCUCCCUUGUCAAGAUCUCCUAGGUCUGAGACGUUUGAUGUGGCAGAAAAAGAAGCUUCGCCGUCUCCCACCGAAGACGAAGAUGGGUUCACGGUUUCUUUUGACCUGGCGUAUACUUACCUUGCUGACUCCUUGAAAAAAGCCCAUGAUUUCCUAUUGGAUCUCUCAUACAAACCAGAGUUAGAAGCUAAGUACCCUCCCAUGGCCAUUGUAUACGGUAACACUGUCCCGUCUGUAAGAGGAUCUAACGUAUCCAGCGAACAGGAUAUAAAAGACGGCAACUACUACGAUUUCUUCUAUGGACAUGGAGAUGGAGUGGUACAUCAAAAAUGGUUAAUGCCGGAACGAAGAGGAUUCGAAGUAUAUGAUCCUACAACCAAGAAGGGCCAGAUUGUGGGCAGAUUUGCAACUAGCCAUGGGCACGUAAACUUAAUGACUGACCUCAAGGCCAUGGGUGAAGCCUUGAAUGCUGUUUGUGAAGCAGAAAAAAUAUGGACUUACAACGAAACUUUAUAACUAAUAUAUUUACGCGUAUAUGACUUAGUCACCAGUAUCCAAUUCUAUUCCGAUAACUCCUCGGAGUAUUCCACUCGUAUCCACAAACUACAGUCACUGCACUGAACAAUAAUCUCGUAGUUGCCGACCCCAUCACCUGUUCCAUUAAUCAAAUCUGCCUGAGUGAUCUUCAUGGCCUGCUCGCUGGUACACCGGGGACACGAUUUGAUGUAAACAUCUUCAUAUAUGUCAAAAUCCCCUAGACUGUAGAUGUCAAGGCCAUCUCCAUUGAGAUUUACACCUUGAGUUUGCGUGAACGAAUCGAGCUUUUCACGAUACUCAUCUCGGGUAUCUUGGUUGACAAGAACCCUAUAGGCCUCUUGAAUGAGGUUGAUUUCGGUGUCGGUAGAUAUAUUGCUGUGGUGAGCGGCUUUAUCGGGGUGAUUGGAUAGUAGCUUCUGUUUGUAGGCAGUCUUAAUUUGUGCGUCGCUGCUAUCUACAGAAACCCCUAGUAUCUCAUAAUAACUUCUUCUCCCCACUGUUAUCUCAUCCAUUUUGCACCGAGAACGAAAGAUUGCAGCAUC